AUGGGGUUAUACUUGCUAUAUAAUUAUAUAUUUAAACUUAAUAUAAGUUUUUUAGGCCUUUUUGUAACAAUGUCUUCAAAUCCAAACGACGUGACAGAUCUUAUAGCAAAAGCCGAGAAAUGCUUAAAAAUAUCUUUACUAAAGAGGAGGCCUGAUUAUGAUGGUGCAAUCGAAUACUAUGGAAAGGCCGCAUUACUUCAUAGAAAUCGCAAGCAGUUAAAAGAAGCGGCUGAGACAUAUAAAAAGGUUGCCGAACUACAUUUUAAAAAUGGGUCUUAUUUCCAUUGUGCCAAACAAUAUGAAAUUGCUGCCCAAAUGUACCGUGAUUUGAAAGAUUUUUCACAAAUGGCUUCAUUAAUUGCUGAGGCUGGACUGAUGCUACGGCAAAAUGGCACUCCUGACUCAGCAUCAUAUGUUUAUGAACGAGCUGCCAAAAGUCUCGAAGAGCCAUUACCCGAACGUGCCGCUGAAUUUUAUGAAAGAUCUGCAGAUGCUUGUGAGAUAGAAGAAAAGUUUCAUGAGGCUGCAACACAGGCUAACAAUGCUGCUCAUGUAUGGGUUCGUUUAAAGCGUUUUAACGAGGCAGAACGUCUACUUCGAUUAUUUAUUGAUUACACAAUAAGAGGUCACACGGAUAGUGUUGGAGCUACGGUAGGUGGAUUUGCUGAUCCCAGUGCUUCACCAAAGCUGUGUGGUCGUGCUGUAACAGUUCUAAUAUUGAUUAAAUUGUAUAUGGAGGAUGAAGUAGCAGCCAAAAAGAUCUUCAAUGAAGCUGUUGAGCGAUGGAGAUUUCCGGAAGCUGAAGAAUUUUCUGCAGUGAGGCGACUACUAGCUGCCGUUGAUGAUAUGGAUAAAAAGGCUUGUGAAAUGGCAAUAAAGGAUCAGUGCUUCAGAAUGCUUGACCUAGAUUAUGCUCGUCUAGCAAAAGAAAUUAAAUUCCCUUAUAGUGAUAAUUUUUCUGAAAAAAUACAAAAACCAAAAGACAAUUUCAUUUCAACACCAACAAAUUCAGGAAAUCUAAAUAAUCAAAUACAAGGUGGUAACCAACAACAUGGACAAGGAGAUGAAGAACAAGAAGAAGAGGAAGAAGAUAUUUGUUAA